AUGUCUAAAAGAAAAAUUCAAAACCAGGGGGCUGAUGAAAACUCAAAAAGGAUAAAGCCUAAUGAAGAUGAGAAUCUUUCAAAUUAUUCUGACUCAUCUGAAGAAAUGCCAGAGUACGAGGAAGAACCAAGCAAUUUCCAAAUUGAUGAGGCUGGUGAAAAACCAAUUCUUGAGAUAGUUCCUAUUCGAGGAGAUGGAAAUUGUCUGUACAGAUCUUUAGCCCAAAUUCUAACAGGAGAUCAAAGCAAUCAUUCCUCCAUAAGACAAUUGAUUGCAGAUCAUAUCGAAAGAAACUCAGACAGGUACAACGAAGCCCUUCAAGAUAUACUAGACUCAGACCAUAGACAGACAAUUAACCAAUAUAUCCAAAAUAUAAGAGAACCAAGCUAUUGAGGAGGAGACCUUGAAAUUUCUGCGGCUUCUGAGCUUUUUGAUUUAAAUAUUGCAAUUCACUCUGAAAUGCUUCGAGAUCCCUUUAUCAUAUCAACAGGCGAAAAUACUAACCAAACUAUUCACCUACUUUACACUAAUGGCAAUCAUUUUGAUGCCCUAAUAGAAAGCAAUUUUAAUAGAAGCCCACUCAGCAUUUCAAAAAUUUCUCAUUCUUUAAUGGAACCUCAAAAGCUUAAAGAAAUAAGCUUUCAAGCAUCAAAACUUAUGACUGAUACUAUAAAAAGGGAAAAGGAAAAUGGAUUAUUUCCUCAAUGCUAUCAAGAGGGUUGCUCUUAUGAAGAUGUUUACAAUUAUCUUUUAAGUGGUCGAAAAAUCUAUCCUCCCAGUUUUAAUCUCAUAGAAAACUUAAAACAAAGAAGAGAUAAAAAGAAAAAAUUUUAA